AUGCCUGGAAAUGUGGCAGAGGGUUUGCCAAAUAAUUGCAGAAGUAUUGUGAUUCGGUUGGAUCAAGAGCGAGCUGACAACGACGCACAGAAACUGAUGAACUCGCUGAAGGCAAUCGGUGAGAUCUGGGACAACUACGACGAGCACAACUACCGUCAGCAAAUCAAUGAGAUUAACGGGCUACGUGACGACUGUUGCUCCAAAGCGGUCAAGGAUAGCGACGCCAUGGCCCCUCUGCUGGAGACUUUGCGCCGCGUGACCAGUCACGUUUUCCUCUUGGAUGACCUUGAUGAAGAAGCAGAGGCCAAGGCCGUCCCCACUCACCUGGAGUUGUCCAACUCUCGCACGCUCGUCGCGUUUCCAGAGGUUGCUGAUGCUUUUAAAGCAUUCUGCGAGUCGUGUCGAGGCUUCGACUUGAAGGAGACCAAGAAGUUGAUCGGCGCUGCGACUUCUACUAGUAUCCUUAAAUGCUGACGCUUGUGCUUGGGGGUGGUGUCGUUAAUCUCGGGCUUGUGCCCGUAGUUGUGAUCCAUAUCUGAUAGACCGCGUCUCCGUCUUUGAAUCCUCAGAAAAGUUCAGAGUUUAGACUUCUUGCAAAACCAUCGAAGGACGGAAAUGCGAGCUAUAUUGUCGCCAUCUUCGUCGGAUUUUCAUGGUGCGGCCUCUUUCUCACUCCUCCAGGUAA